AUGUGGGGUAACACACAGAGUGUGAGUUCUUCAACAGAUGGCUCAUCGUCCCUAGAAAUGCAGAAGCUGCUUUCAGGUGCCACCUGGCGUCGAGUGAGUAAAGAUGUGGACUACCGCCCGUUCUUCGGUGAUAUCAAUAGUUUCAAUGACCCGGAGUAUGGAAUCGAACUGUUUCCUGGUCGAAAGAAGCCGAAAGUGAUCGUAUCUGUAACAAUGUUCAACGAGACCUACAAGGAGCUAAACGACUCGAUUCGAGGGAUCGCAGACAAUAUAGAAAAUCUUCCUGAGUUCUCUUACGGGAUGACAAUUGACGACAUCGUUGUGUUUGUGAUUUUGGAUGGUCGUGAGAAAAUGGACGAAUCGAUUUUCCAGUUUCGUCAGGAUACAAAACACUAUCUCACAGAGGAAGAUGCAAAGGUAAUGGAUGUGGCGAUUGAAGACAAUCGUCGCCGCACGAAAGCGUGGAAGCGACACAUGGCAGUGCUUCGGACGAAGUACUCAGAGAGAGACGUGAUAGCUCUAACCAAACGAAUCCCCAUGUUGCAGUUGCAUCUCUUCAAGUGCAACCGUCUGAUUUCCAAGGGAUCGAUCGCGAACGAAAGCUACUACACACCCUUCGAUAUCAUUUUUGCAGUGAAAGAGAAUAACAUGGGAAAACUGAAUAGCCAUCUUUGGAUCAUGCGCGGUUUUGCCCGCCAACUCAAUCCAGACUUCAUCACUCUGCUCGAUGUCGGAACAAAACCAAUGCCGACUGCGCUCAUUCAGUUGUACAACGAGAUGGAAGAAAAUCCACAGAUUGGAGGCUGUUGCGGAGAGAUCUUGGCAUUGAAUGCAUCGAAAGCAUCGCCGGUCCAGUCUUCCCAGUUCUUCGAAUACAAAGUGUCUCACUUUUUGGAUAAAGCCAUGGAGAGCUCGUUCGGGUACGUGUCUGUGCUACCUGGUGCCUUCUCUUCCUACCGUUACGAAGCCUUGCAAGGAACUCCACUCGACAAAUACUUUUUGUUGGAAAGCGAUGAGAAUCGCUUGGUGGUGGAACCGUUUUCCGCGAAUAUGUAUCUUGCAGAAGAUCGUAUUAUGGGAUUUGAAAUGUUGGUGAAGAAAGACUGCAACUACACUCUUCACUAUGUGAACACGGCAGUGGCAACAACCGAUAUCCCUUCGAAUCUGAAUUUCCUGAUUCGACAGCGUCGACGAUGGCAGAACGGAUCGUUUUUUGCAGGUUUGUAUGCUUUGAAAGAGUGGAGUCGGUUGUACACGGAAUCGGGACAUAGUUUUGGAAGGAAGAUUAUUCUAACAUUGGAAUUGAUUUACAUGAGUGUGAAUGUUUUGAUGACGCUUACGCAGCUGGCGAACAUGUUUCUUACGUUUGCCAUUGUGUUGAAUUCCGAAUUUGGGAGAGAGUCGGUCACUUCCUAUGCGUUGAAUGCGAUCUACUUAACGAUCACAGCGGUUCAGUUUAUCUACGCGUUAGGAAACGAUCCUCGUGAUAACAAAGAAGUCUAUCAGAUUUGUUACAUUUUCUAUGGAGUGUUGUUUAUGUUUACUAUGUUUUGUUGCUCUCUGAAUGACUUCCUCAUUGCUAGUAACGUUCUACACGAUGACAGCAGUCGAUGCAUUCGUUCUCUUUGCUGCAUGUGCGUCCUCCUUCGUCACAAUCGUCUGUUCAAUCGUUCACGGGCAGUUCUUCGCGAUUAUUCCCACUAUGAUCCAAUAUCUGUCAAUAUUUUAAUCGCUUUUGAUCGUAGCUUUAUGCUUCCCACCUUCAUGAAUAUCUUCAUUAUUUACUCUUUCUGUAAUAUUCACGAUAUCACUUGGGGAACGCGAGAUAGCAAUCUGAUCAAUAACGAAAAGGCCCAGCACGCGAUGGAGGUUUCGUACAGCUUUUCUCAUUCUGUCAUUCUAGCUACAAGCAGUUCCGAUCGAAGUUCGUCGUAUUCUGGGCGACUACCAACUUUCUUUAUGCUGGCGGCAUUCUUCUCGUUUCUCUUCUCUCGUUUCUCUUAG